CCGCGCGGUCUCGCGAGAGUUGGGAGUAAACAGCCCCGAAUGGAGAGCCGAGGCGUGUUCGCGACGGAGCCUGGGUUAGCCCGGGUCUCUCGUACCCGAGCCUGAGGCAGCCGCAGAUUGGCUUACAGGCUGACUGAUCACCCCUGUGGACUUGGUUCUGUGGAGCAGAUGGAACGUAGGACUCAGUAGUCUCGGCCAGAGUGAGCGAAGCCUGAUACCCAAAAUGGAGAAGAAGCGAAGAAAGAAAUGAAAGCCUCUUUCAGGCCAAACAGCAGACGGCCAUGAAAUUUAACUUUUAUUUACGUUGGACAAGACUGUAAGAUGGCUGACCAGUAAUGUUUCAGCUUUUUGCUGAAACAAAAAUUAACUGAUAAUCAAGGAAGCAACAAGUGCGAUUUGAAUUUAUGUGAUUUUAUGACCAUAUUCACUUUUGACCAUGAAGCUUGUCAACAUCUGGCUGCCUCUGCUAGUGGUUUUGCUCUGUGGGAAGAGACAUCUGGGUGACAGACUGGAAAGGAAGUCUUUUGAAAAGGUCCCGUGCCCUGGCUGUUCCCACCUGACUUUGAAAGUGGAAUUCUCUUCCACAGUUGUGGAAUAUGAAUAUAUCGUGGCUUUCACUGGAUACUUUACAGCCAAAGCUAGAAAUUCAUUCAUUUCAAGUGCCCUGAAGAGCAGUGAUAUAGACAAUUGGAAAAUUAUUCCUCGAAACAAUCCAUCCAGUGACUACCCUAGUGAUUUUGAGGUGAUUCAGAUAAAAGAAAAGCAGAAAGCUGGGCUACUGACGCUUGAAGAUCAUCCAAACAUCAAACGAGUGACCCCCCAAAGGAAAGUUUUACGCUCCCUCAAGUAUGCAGAAUCUGAUCCUAUAGUGCCCUGUAAUGAAACCAGAUGGAGCCAGAAAUGGCAAUCCUCACGUCCCCUUCGAAGAGCCAGCCUCUCCCUGGGCUCUGGAUUCUGGCACGCUACAGGAAGACACUCGAGUCGGCGGUUGCUGAGAGCCAUUCCGCGGCAGGUCGCCCAGACCCUGCAGGCAGAUGCACUGUGGCAGAUGGGCUACACAGGUGCUAACGUGCGAGUUGCUGUGUUCGACACUGGGCUGAGCGAGAAGCAUCCCCAUUUCAAAAACGUGAAGGAGAGAACCAACUGGACCAACGAGAGGACCCUGGAUGAUGGGUUGGGUCACGGCACAUUCGUGGCAGGCGUAAUAGCCAGCAUGAGAGAAUGCCAGGGAUUUGCUCCAGAUGCAGAGCUCCAUAUUUUCAGGGUCUUUACCAAUAAUCAGGUGUCGUAUACGUCUUGGUUUUUGGACGCCUUCAACUACGCCAUCUUAAAGAAGAUUGACGUGUUGAACCUCAGCAUCGGUGGGCCCGACUUCAUGGACCAUCCCUUUGUUGACAAGGUGUGGGAGUUGACAGCAAACAACGUCAUCAUGGUUUCUGCUAUUGGCAACGAUGGGCCUCUUUAUGGCACUCUGAAUAACCCUGCUGAUCAAAUGGAUGUGAUUGGAGUAGGAGGCAUUGACUUUGAAGAUAACAUCGCCCGCUUUUCUUCUAGGGGAAUGACAACCUGGGAGCUGCCAGGAGGUUAUGGCCGUAUGAAACCUGACAUCGUCACCUAUGGUGCUGGAGUGAGGGGUUCCGGUGUGAAAGGAGGGUGCCGGGCCCUCUCCGGGACCAGCGUCGCUUCUCCGGUGGUGGCGGGUGCUGUCACCUUGCUAGUGAGCACGGUCCAGAAGCGUGAACUGGUGAACCCUGCCAGCAUGAAGCAGGCCCUGAUCGCGUCCGCCCGCAGGCUCCCUGGUGUCAAUAUGUUUGAGCAGGGCCACGGCAAGCUCGACCUCCUGAGGGCCUAUCAGAUCCUCAACAGCUACAAGCCACAGGCAAGUUUGAGUCCCAGCUACAUAGAUCUGACUGAGUGUCCCUACAUGUGGCCCUACUGCUCCCAGCCCAUCUACUAUGGAGGGAUGCCGACAAUUGUUAACGUCACGGUCCUCAAUGGCAUGGGAGUCACAGGAAGAAUUGUAGAUAAGCCCGAGUGGCAGCCCUAUUUGCCGCAGAAUGGAGACAACAUUGAAGUGGCUUUCUCCUACUCCUCGGUGUUAUGGCCUUGGUCGGGCUACCUGGCCAUUUCCAUUUCUGUCACCAAGAAAGCAGCUUCAUGGGAAGGCAUUGCCCAGGGGCACGUCAUGCUCACCGUGUCCUCCCCAGCAGAGAUGGAGUCAAAAAAUGGUGCAGAGCAGACUUCGACAGUGAAGCUCCCAAUUAAGGUGAAGAUAAUUCCUACUCCUCCUCGAAGCAAGAGAGUUCUCUGGGAUCAGUACCACAAUCUCCGCUAUCCACCUGGCUAUUUCCCCAGGGACAAUUUACGGAUGAAAAACGACCCUUUAGAUUGGAAUGGUGACCACAUCCACACCAACUUCAGGGACAUGUACCAGCAUCUGAGAAGCAUGGGCUACUUUGUCGAAGUGCUUGGCUCUCCCUUCACGUGUUUUGAUGCUAAUCAAUAUGGAACCCUGCUGAUGGUGGACAGCGAGGAGGAAUUCUUCCCCGAGGAGAUCGCCAAGCUGAGGAGGGACACCGAUGGCGGCCUCUCACUCAUUGUCUUCAGUGACUGGUACAACACGUCCGUUAUGAGAAAAGUAAAGUUUUAUGAUGAAAACACAAGACAGUGGUGGAUGCCGGAUACGGGAGGAGCCAACAUCCCGGCUCUGAAUGAACUUCUGUCUGUUUGGAACAUGGGCUUCAGCGAUGGCCUCUAUGAAGGAGAUUUCACCCUGGCCAACCAUGACAUGUAUUAUGCGUCAGGGUGCAGCAUUGCUAAAUUUCCAGAAGAUGGCAUAGUGAUAACACAGACUUUUAAAGACCAAGGACUGGAGGUCUUAAAGCAGGAAACGGCAGUUGUUGAAAAUGUCCCCAUUUUGGGGCUGUAUCAGAUCCCCGCCGAGGGUGGGGGCCGGAUCGUGCUGUACGGGGACUCUAACUGCUUGGACGACAGUCACCGCCAGAAGGACUGCUUUUGGCUCCUGGAUGCUCUCCUUCAGUACACCUCAUAUGGGGUGACGCCGCCCAGCCUCAGUCACUCUGGAAGUCGGCAGCGGCCCCCCAGCGGAGUGGGCUCUGUCCUUCCAGAGAGGAUGGAAGGGAACCACCUUCACCGGUACUCCAAGGUUCUCGAGGCCCACCUGGGAGAUCCGAAACCCCGGGCCCUGCCCGCCUGUCCACACCUGUCUUGGGCCAAGCCCCAGCCGUUAAACGAGACGGCUCCCAGUAAUCUUUGGAAACAUCAGAAGUUACUGUCCAUCGACCUGGACAAAGUGGCAUUACCCAGCUUUAGAUCAAAUCGCCCCCAAGUAAGGCCCUUGUCUCCUGGAGAAAGUGGUGCCUGGGACAUCCCUGGAGGGAUUAUGCCUGGCCGCUACAACCAGGAGGUGGGCCAGACCAUCCCCGUCUUCGCCUUCCUGGGCGCCAUGGUGGUCCUGGCCUUCUUCGUGGUUCAGAUCAACAAGGCCAAGAGCAGGCCCAAGCGGAGGAAGCCCCGGGUGAAGCGCCCGCAGCUCAUGCAGCAGAGCCACCCCCCAAAGACCCCUUCCGUGUGACCGUCAGGCCCUCCGGGCCUUGGUGCAGGUGAGCUGGUGACAUCUCCACAGGAGGCCACCUGUGCACGAGGGGUCUGGCUUCAGCUGUGGGUUUGUGAGAGCUGUUCCCCGGCGGCCUCCUCUCCCGUGGUCGUGGCAGCGGCUCGCGGGGCCUCUCGAUGACCUUGUGGCCAGGGGCCCGGGCGGGAGAACUCGGCCGUCAGCGCAGGAGACGUCACUCCACGCAGCGAGUGCACCGGAGGCUCGGAGGACAGCCUGGGGUCCUCGGCCCUGAGAGGAAAGAUGUACUUUUUAAACAAACAACACUGACCAAGCUAAAAUACGCUUGUUAAUGGCUAUUUUCUAUAUUUAUUGUUGGGAAAGUCACUUUAAAGACUUCUGCUAUUUGGAAGCAAAGCUAUUUUUUUUGGUCAAUGGAAUGCCGUUUUUUACUCUUACAUGAUGAGGAAUAACACAGAUUCCGUUAUCUCCCUUCUGAUGGAAGGGACUGACUGGGAUUUGAAGGAAACUAGCACAAAUCUGUGAAACAUAAACCUUUGCUUUAUUUUUAUAAGUAUCAAUUGCCAUCAUGUUUUGUAAUUUGGGGUCUUGAUUUCACCAUUGUCGGUGAAGAAAAUUUUCAAUAAAUAUGCAUUACCUACAUGAAGCUGAGAA